UGGUGUGACUCCUCUGUCUGCUUAGCACAACUACUUUGCCUGUGCUAUCCGUUUCUUUGUUGUUAAGUUUUAUCAAUAUAAAGUGUCCUUCUCUACCUCAACUGCUGCAACAUGGCGGGAAACUUCUGGCAAAGUUCUCAUUAUCUUCAGUGGGUUCUGGACAAACAGGACCUGAUGAAAGAGCGGCAAAAGGACCUGAAGUUCCUCUCAGAAGAGGAGUACUGGAAGCUGCAGAUUUUCUUUGCCAAUGUGAUCCAGGCUCUGGGGGAACAUCUGAAGCUGCGGCAACAGGUCAUUGCCACGGCAACUGUUUACUUCAAACGCUUCUAUGCCAGGUAUUCCCUUAAAAGUAUUGAUCCCGUGCUCAUGGCUCCUACUUGUGUUUUUCUGGCUUCUAAAGUCGAGGAAUUUGGAGUUGUGUCCAAUACCAGGCUGAUAUCUGCAGCAACAUCUGUGUUGAAAACAAGAUUUUCCUAUGCCUUUCCAAAGGAGUUCCAGUACAGAAUGAAUCAUAUACUAGAAUGUGAGUUCUACCUUCUGGAGUUGAUGGACUGCUGCCUGAUCGUGUACCACCCUUACAGACCCCUGCUGCAGUACGUGCAGGACAUGGGACAGGAGGACAUGCUGCUGCCCCUGGCCUGGCGAAUAGUGAACGACACGUACAGGACGGAUCUGUGUCUGCUCUACCCUCCCUUCAUGAUCGCCUUGGCCUGUCUGCAUGUGGCCUGUGUGGUGCAGCAGAAAGACGCCAGGCAGUGGUUCGCAGAGCUCUCUGUGGACAUGGACAAAAUCCUGGAGAUCAUCCGCGUCAUCCUGAAGCUUUAUGACCAGUGGAAAAACUUUGACGACAGGAAAGAGAUAGCUGCGGUGAUAAACAAGAUGCCCAAGCCCAAACCUCCCCCCAACAGUGAGAGUGACCAGAGCUCAAAUGGGAACCAAAGCAACUCCUACAGCCAGUCUUAGCGUCAUCACGUCGGUUGGAAUCCAUAAUGUUGACGGUAGUGAGGGGGUGGAUCUUUUUUUCAAAAUGUCGCGCGGCACAAACUUUGCGAUGUUGUGGUGCUUCGAGCAACAAACUCUGAGAGCCACGUGCUCGCGUUUCCCCUUCUCUGAGCAUAAUGGGUGAAUGGAUAGAGCGAGCAGACGAAGCUGAAAUGCCCCCAGCAAGCGGACGAUCUGGGACAGCAGUUUCGACUCGAGGAGACUUUGUAUUCUGCUCCUGACUUGAAUUAAAACUGAGGAACAUUUGGAGGUAAGGGGGGGAGGAGAGGGGGAGAGGGCUGGUUUAAUGUCAUUGUGAUGAUCCUGACAUCCUUGAACAGACCCGAGGAGCGAGUCCUCUCAUGGAGCUCUGUGGGAUUUGAGAAUACUUGAUCAAAAGUGCUGUGUGUGUGUGUGUGUGUGGACUUUAGCUGUCUUCUCUGUAAAAUGAUUUAAUCCUGUGUGGAUCUGAUUGGUUAUCCCCCUGUGUAACUGCGAUCUGAUUGGAUGCCGCUACCCUGUAAGGUCUCUGCUAGUUGAUCAUGAACUACAGCAGUAAAAAGCCCAAGACAGGUAGUGGUUAUAAUAAACUCUCUGAAUCACGACAGCUCCACCUCCUUCGUCCCAUUCCCCCUUCUCUUUUGUAAAUGUCCUUUAUAAUUCUAUUCAUUUAUUUCAUCUUAGGUUUUGGCUUCAUUGAGGAGAAUAAAAUGGAAAUCAUGGGCUUGUUUAGCUUUGUGCUAGUGCUUGAUAUAAAAGUGGCCCCUUUUUUGUCACUGUCAUGAUAUUGUUUUUCAACAAAUCUAAUUUUAUUGUAAUUAUUUUUCUUUUACUCUUCUUUAGCUGUAAAAUAAUGUGUUGUGCAUAAAGUUCUAUUUUGUAAAACUUUUGUUUGUAAUUCGUCAAAGAAUUGCUCUUUCUUUUUUUAACUGCUGAGAUUUGUUUUGAUGCAAUCGUUCUAGAUUUGUCUUUCUUUUUCAAAUCUGCCAACUAGUUCUUCAAUAAUUGUGGAAACUGAUGUGUGAAUAUACCUGUAGGUGUCUAUAUUUUUGUGAUUAUAAUACAGCGGGAGUUUGUGUGGCUGUCCUCGGAACAAGGUGCUUGAAAGCCUUACAAAAUGAAAGCUGCUGGUAACUCAAGAAACCUUCAUACAAUCACAUUGUCGCUGUUAAAUGCAUUUGAGGGAUGGAUGUUUUUGCAAUGUGUGGGUGUAUCUUCAAAUCUUUCCUCAAUAGCUUACUGUACACUUCAUUUUGUAACCAUUGGAAUAACAACGGAAAGGGUACCAAAACCUGUUAAACGCCAUUUUCUCAUACUGAGUGAAGGAGACAAAAAGCCACUGGGGAAAGUUGGAUUCAGCUCCGCUUUGCCCUCUGGUAUUUUCCUCCCCCUCAGCAGCUCCAUCUGUUACAUGACUGUUCACGAGGGAAUGAGUGUGAAAAUGUAAAGGGCUUCACCAAACCUAAAUAAUCUUAUUAGUUCUGGUAAAAACAGUGCCCAAAAUGGUAUUACUUGAAAGUCUUUGUUUGAAGAUCCUUUAUGGUAAUAAAAGUGUGGUGUGCAAAACAAAGCCGUUCAAUGUUAUUGUUCAAGCUGGACUUUGAGGAAUCUUCCAGCAUGUUACAAAACCCCUCUUCAGCUUCAGUCCCAUUACCUAACUUCAAUGUCACAGAGGCUGUGGUAGGACCCCUAGUGGUAAAAACAAAGAACACCCAACAUGUUGCAGAUCAGUUUGGACAAGACAAAGUCUAUAUUUUUAAU